GAACACAACAGCGGGUCGUGAGAAACCCGGCGGUAUUACCAAAUAUAAUGAAAUCACUGUAAAAAUUUUACAGAGUAGGCGAGCCCAAAUCUGUGUCACAACGGAAAACCCGAAUGAAGGAAAAAACAUUAAAGAUCAACCAAGAAAUUCUAUAGAUCCAUUUAUUCAUGGAACCAAGUGUAUCGUAUCCCGUCUCAGGAGUCAAUCGUGUGUAGAGCGGCAUGGACUUCCUCGCAAGUAUCAUCAAAAGGCCAAAAAGUAUCGCUACCACUGGCAUCACCACCAAUCAGCCAAUGACAAUGGAAGCCUUAAAAGCUGCUAGUCCCGCUGAUGAUUACUCUACACCAAGGGAUAAAGAAGGACUUUCACUUGUAUCCCAGGACCUGGCCACGUUAGUAGAGUCCGCCUCUGAGAGUCCGCAACUAAAGGAACAGCACUGUAAUCUAAUUAUGGAACCUAUCUUGAACCCACUCCCAGCCCCCGAGGACAUCAGUUGUAGUAGAGAAACAAUACAGACAUUUUUAAGCGAAAUAAACUUCAAUCUAAACCAAGUUAGUGAUAACGAAAUGGAGCACUUGCAAGCCAUGAGCGGCGAGCUGAGUCCGCUGGCGGUGAAGCCCAGUCCCAAGCCGACGAGCAUGGAGCAACAGAAGGCAAUGGCUGCAGCUCUGGGACAUCAGCUAGGCGCAGUCAAGGCUCCAAAAUUUGGAGGUCUUCCCGAGUUCGAUGAAAUGCAAAUACCGGAACUGGCUCCUUUAAGUACCGAUAUGGACACUCAAUUAAAAUGCAGCCAUUCGGAUUCGGAUGUAUUUGUCGAGUGCUUAUCGCUUCAUAGCGAGCGCUAUACAGGAGAUCAAUCAGAGCUAGAGGGCUAUUCAAGUGCCCUUAAUGAUGUUUUGGAGCAGCAGCUGUCCAUGACCUCAGCUUCUACACUGGAAGCUGAUUUCAAAGAUCCUUUGGCGGUUAGUCAGCACAACAACGUCAGCUAUGAAGCCAUGGAUGUGGAUGACAUAAACGAAACCAUGGAAAUGUUAAAGGACGUUUUGGACCCGGAAGACCAUCAGCUUAUGCAAACGCAUAUUCUCAGCGUAUCGCAGCAGAAAACAGAGAAUAAUUCUGUGCUGUAUAAUCAAAAUCAGGAGCAAAAGAGAAUAGAACAAGACGAGUUAGCUAAAUACCCUGGAUCCAAUAGUGAUGCAAAGGAGCCAUCACUAUUAGCAUCAGUAUUCUCUGAGGAGCCUGUUACUCCAUUACAUGAACCGGAUCUUAACUUAACUGCCUUAGACUUUACGAAAGACGUAGCUAAGCAUUAUGAGGAAAAUCAAAAGGAUACAAAAUAUGUACCUCAGAUAGGGGACCACCAACCGAUCUGUAGUGCCCAGAUGAAGAACGCACCAAAUUCUGAAGAGGCCUUAAAUCUCAAUGAGGCUUCAGAACCUUCCACAAAACCAGCAAAAACUCCAAAAUGCCUUAAUAAAGUGAUGCCAUUUGCAGUGGCAGUAGAAUCAAUGGAAAAAACAUUCACUCCCAUCAGCCUUGAGCAAAAUGCAUCCCCAGCUAUGGAGGCAACUGAAGACAGGACUGUGACGGAGCUUGAGCACAUGGAAGUGGAUGACUCCAUGAGAGUGAUUAAUGCUACAGUGCUUACCUCAUCUCGGGAAAGGCAGGAUAAUGCUUAUUCACCCAUUAAAACUGCAGGCCUGGAAAGUCAAUUGAAGAUGACUGAAAUAGAGCUACCAGUAGAAUCUAUCCCAGCAGCACAGAUCUCAACGCCCAUACCGACACUUCAAGCCAUACCGACACUGCCCCUUUCUCCGCCCAUACCUACACAUCGCCCAAAGGCAGCGGAAGAACUAGAGAUCGUGACUUUGAGGGAGUUGGCCUUGCCUGAUGAUGUUCUGCCGGGGGGGAAGGUGGAAUUAACGCAGCUUUCACACGGCCGCGCGCCCUAUGUGGCAGUCCCACCAACGCAGCUGCGAUCAACGACGCCACUUUCCUUGGAUCUAGAUGGAAAUACAACCACUGCAAGCUCUCCAGAACCCACUUCGCCUAGUUUCCCUAUCAGAGAACCCGCUGAAAAACAGUCCACCUUUCCACGAUCACCACAUGCUCCGCCCGAGCAAAACAACAUGCCCUAUUUGGACGAAGCUGUUGUAGAACCUUCUUCAGAUCGCAAGCAAAGCGUCUUCGGAGCUGGUGUCAUUGAAAAAUCAUCAAUAGUCUUUCAGUUAACACAACCAAGUCCACAGAAGCAGAACCUUAACGAAACCUUACCCAUGAGCGAGAUUUCUCCCAGUUCCUCAAAUAUGGCCUUUGACAGCGAAAACAUUUUGGAGAACAAGCCACAAAAGGAUACAGACACAUUCGCCGUAAGUCUGGGAUUGUUCGAUAAUAAACAGCGCCGCACUUUCUCGGUGAUUCAGUAUCCGACGGAAGAGGAGGUGUCCAAAUCGCGUAGGACUUUCUGCAUGCAGCAUAAGGCUUCUCCAGCAGUUGAGGCCACCGAAGAUACCGGGGCUGAUGACGUCAUGGAUGUAGAUGUCUCCAUGAGGGCAUCUGAUGUAGCUUGGAAGGAACCCCAAGCACCAAUUUCAAAUUCACCGCCUAUUCCUACCCACCAACAUUUUAAGAGACCCCCUAUCCAUGAGUCGAAUUCCCCGGUGUCACCCUUUCGAAAUGGUACCGUUGCGUUAGAGGAGCAGGCUCUCUCCGCUAAAGAGCAAGCCACGCUAAGCGCCAGUGAUGAGAAGGACGAUGUUUUCUUAGAGCACUUUGGUGCCAUUUCGCCAGUUUCGGAUGACAUGUUCAAGACCAUCAGUGGUUCCAACAAUCAAGCACAGAUUAGGGUCAAUGCUGAUAAGGAAAUUGGAGGAAAACCCGCUCCUGCGUUAAUCAAAAAGAGGGGUGGUGCAGCUGGCGAGCAUGAGGCGAUCAUUGAUGCCGAAUUCCACGAUGGCGCCACCAACCAAAACCUAAUACUGAAAUCAUCAGAUUUUGAUUAUUUGUACACGAAAGGCAGCAAUAAUGCGCCUAUCGACCGCAGUUCGCUGCUGCUGAAGUUUGAUCCCCUCCUUGGAGCCCCUGUUCCCGUUAAUCAUCCGAAUCAGCAGGAGCAGGCGCUGCAGAAUAUUCUUGGAUCGAACCAGUAUCAAAACCGGGUUCUUAGCCCAACAUUGGAGGAGCACGAAGCAAGUGACGGGAACCAGUCUUUUGGAUUAAUAUCGAGUUGCAAAGAUACAUCCGUGAAAUGGGAUUGUAAGCCACCUGUGGAUACGUCAAAAAAGCAUGUUAAAAUGAGUGUAGACGUUAUUGAUAACGAUUGCAACAAAACCUUCAAUAAUUCCAACCCUAAUACGGAGGAUAAAACGCACAACUACAACAACAUGGAUGAACUGGAGAAGAAAAUCAAAAAUGAAGUAACGAGGUCCGAAGACAUUGAAAAGAAGCUCAAAGAGGGAGAGCAGCGCGAGGAAGCACUGAUCAAGCGUAUUACAGAAAAGGACAAAACGAAUGCAAAACUAAACGGUGUCAUCGAGGCAUAUGAGAAGGCAAUUGCGGAGCUCAUUAGUGAGAAGGAGCAGCAGGCACAGCUGCACGAGCGGCAGUUGCAAGAAGUCCAGGCAGACCGGGACGCCAAUUACCAUCACUUAACGUCCCUGGAGACGACAUUUUCCGAUCUUCAUGUGAAAUACGAAAAAAGCAAAGAGAUGACCUCGCAGCUUAAAAGCAACGAGGAAUCGCUUCUGGCGGAGCGGAAGCAGAUAAUGGACAAUCUACGGUUGCAGGAACAGCGCUACGACAAGAUGAAAAACCAUGCCAUGCAGCAGCUGGAAAUUGCAAACAAAAAGCUGGACACAUACGCGAGGGAGCAUGCCGACGAAACGAAAAAACUUAAAGCUUUACUUAAGAAGGAGGAGAUCUCUCGGGUCUCGAUGACGGAGCAGCUGCAACAAAAAUCACGCGAAAACGCCGAUCUGCUCAAGAUCUGCGAAGAGCUUAUCUAUGGCAAGGGUCAAGGUGGUAGUAGUUAAACCCAACUCGCGGAUUUCCCGGAAUGUAAUUUAUAUGUUGUAAAAUCGCACGCACCCUCAUCACAACAAUCAUUUGGCUCCCUUUUUGCCUUUCUCACUAGCGGCAUGUCCGUAAAUCAGUAACUGCGCCACCAUCGUCGUCAUCUCCAUUUGUCUAAUGGUGUUAUAACCGCUAGGUUGCGUGGUCUUCACUGAUUUUGAAAAUGCAUAUGCACAAUUGUAUAAUUUGCCAACCCCAUUUAUGUUGAAUUUCAAGAUUUACUCCUAACGUUUCGACGCAUAUUAUACGUUUUCUAGAUUUUUAGUUGACCCGAAAACACUCACACAAAUCGCAAGCAGAUCAAUUGUUCCAUUUGAGUUCCGCUCGCCUUACGGGUCUAGUUACCCGGCAUAUGUUACUAUUUCUGUAUCGUAUCGAAUCUGUCUACUGAUUUAUAUUGGCGGCGAACUGUGCCGGAAAACUGGUGUUUAGCAAUUGGGCAAAGAAGCAGAAAGCUAGUGUGCAGCGGCAGCUAAAUCAACAGACAAAUGCAAAUUGUAAGCAACAGCGUUCGCUUGAGGCGCGCUUUUAUAAAAUGUACACAUAGUUUAUUAAAUUAAAAAUUUGUAAUAGUUGUACUAAAAAUAUAUCCGUAAUACAUACUAGUACUAAAACAAGAAAGCGUAAAAAACAUAAAGGGAACAUUUUAAAUAUACGAAAAAAUUUAUUUAUGCAUAAUACAACACAUUGGUUUGCUUUGUUCAACACGUAAUUCUUAGUUUGCGCCUUAUAGUAAGACAAAGAAGUUGCCUUACAAAAACUAAAAGUAUACAAACGGAUAGUGAGACCGGAGCGAUAUGACCCCACAUUUUAUAAGUUGAGCUUCUUUAGAUGUUUUUUAGCAAAUCAUUUCUUCUAGAGCUUACAUUAUAUGAAAGUUUGUAAACUACUCAACGGGUAAAAAAUUUAACAAUGUUUAAUUUAUCAACAAUAUUGGAAAAGACAACCCACAACGCCAGUGAACUCGUACAGAAUUGACAGUUAAUAAAUUGAACUUCCAAGUAAGAAAAUUAGUGUAAUCUAAGAAUAACAUUAACUUGUUUAUCACCAAGUUGAAAGUGAAUGAGGAAAACAAACUAGAAUUGUAUACAAAUUUGUACCCAGUCCAUGUAAUCUGAUAAACACUACUUCAUAUUAACAUCAUACAUAUAUUUUUCUAAAGUAGGAACCACGGAUGAAACACUUGCGCUUUUAGGGAAAGUUUUCGAGAACAGAACCGGAAUAACUGUUGUAGUUUGACAUUUGAAAAAGAAUGAGUUAUAUAUAUUAAUGCGCUGUAAAAACACAAAUACUCGUAGUAUUACAACAUGCCAGCACAUAUGAACUCCGAUGUGCUAAGCAAGCAUGUGAUGUACGUAGAGGUGAUUGAUUGAGAUGCAUUCAGUAAAUAAAAUAUUUAAUUGCAUUAAAACCGA